CUUACACAGUUCCGAAUCUUCCGACUCUCGUUCGGAUGAAUCAUGACUACUUGAAAUGACAACGUUUACGAGAAUUGAGAACUGAGGAAGAUAGCGAGCUAAGCUAGGCCUGAAACAAUGGUCAUUAAAUCAAAACCCAUGUUAUAUCCCUUUUCCCGGUCUCUCACGUUCGAAAAAUCCCAUCUAUCUCCAUACCACCCACAAGAAUCUCUCGCAGACAAACUCUUAACUCUUUUGAAGCAAUCGGAUUCCCCCGAAUCCUUAAAACAAAUCCACUCUCAAAUGCUUAUCAACUCCAUACAGCUAGACAACUUCCUCCUCCCAAAACUAGUAGACCUCAAAGAUUUUGAGUACGCUUCUCUCCUCUUCUCUCAAAUCCCCGAGCCCAAUGACUUCUCUUUCAACGUCAUGAUUCGUGGCUUAACAAAUACAUGGCACAAGUUCUCUCUCGCACUGGAGUUCUAUUACCGCAUGAAGUUUUCGGACCAAAUGCCAAAUAAAUUUACCUUCCCGUUUCUACUGAAGUCUUGUGCUAACCUCGCGGCAUUGGAUCAAGGCAGGAUCGCGCACUCAAUGAUUUUCAAAACUGGGUUGAACUCUGAUUCUCACGUGAGGCAUUCGUUGAUUACUAUGUACUCCAUGUGCGGUGAGUUGAGUUCCGCACGAAUGGUGUUCGACCAAAUUACGGAUAGGGACUUGGUUUCUUGGAAUUCGAUGAUAACGGGGUACUCGAAAAUGGGUUUUGCACGUGAGGCGGUGGGGUUGUUUAGGAGGAUGAGGGUAGCAGGUUUUGAGCCAGAUGAGAAGACUCUUACCAGUGUUCUUGGGGCGUGUGGGAAUUUGGGGGAUUUGAGUUUGGGGAAGUGGGUCGAGGAAUUUGUGGAUGCAAAUAAGUUUGAAUUGAGUUCUUUCGUGGGCUCCUCAUUGAUUGGUAUGUAUGGGAAAUGCGGGGACUUGGAUUCAGCAAAGAGAGUUUUUGAUAAAAUGCCGAAGAAAAAUCUAGUCGUGUGGAAUGCGAUGAUCACCGGAUAUGCACAAAAUGGAGCGUCAGAUAAAGCAAUCAUGCUAUUCCAUGACAUGAGAGUGGCCGGUGUGAACCCAAAUAACAUUACAUUGAUAGAAGUGUUGUCAGCAAGUGCCUCUGUAGGGGCCCUUGACAUUGGGAGGUGGGUGGAUGCAUAUGCAUCACAAAAUGGCUUAAACCAUGAUAUCUAUGUUGCCACUGGAUUAAUUGAUAUGUAUGCCAAGUGUGGAAGCCUAGAUAAUGCAAUCAAAAUCUUUGAAGAUAUGCCCCAGAAAAAUGUGGUCUCUUGGAAUGCCAUGAUCUCUGGCUUUGCGCUUAAUGGACGGGCCUUGGAAGCCAUAUCCCUAUUUAAGCGCAUGUCAGAGGACAGUGCAGUCCGGCCAGAUGACAUCACAUUUGUUGGAGUCCUUUCUGCCUGUGUGCAUGUUGGAUUUGUUGAUGAGGGUCUUCACUGGUUUAAUUUAAUGGAGCAAGUUUUUGGAGUUGCGCCAAAAGUUGAGCAUUAUUCUUGCAUGGUUGAUCUUUUAGCACGUGCGGGAUAUUUGCAUGAAGCAUGGGAUUUUGUCAAGAAGAUGCCAGAAAAGCCUGAUGCAAUCACAUUAGGGGCACUUCUUGCUGCCUGUCGGAAUGUUGGGGAUGUAGAGAUUGGUGAACAAGUAAUGCACCUUCUUCUAGAGUUGGAGCCAUCAAACUCUGGAAACUAUAUUAUCUCAUCAAAAUUAUUCGCAAACUCGAAGAGGUGGGAUGACUCAGCAAGGAUGAGAGGAUUGAUGAGAGAGAAAGGAGUCACCAAGACUCCUGGUUGUAGCUGGAUUGAGGUUGAAAAUGAAGUUCGUGAAUUUCGUUCAGGUGACGCUGUAUGCCUUGGAUCACAAGAAAUUUGCCAGGUUAUUGACUUGCUGAAUGAGGAGAUGAAGAUGGAGGAAUACAUUCCAAAGGUUGAUUCUCUAUGAGAAGCUUUCAUUGCCCAACCAAAGAGAAGGGCCGUAAAAUCAAAUGCUUGGAGUUGUUGGUUUUAUCAGGUUGGUGGGUCAAGAUAAUAUGUUGGGAAUGUGUUCUCUCUCCAGGUCACAGUGCCUUGGCGCUUGGGCCAGCUUGGUCAAAAAAAUUGGGAAGUUGUUAUUGUUGUUUGCUUUGAUAAAAGGAAAUUGUACCAAUACAAACAGGUAAUCUGCUCAGAUGAGACAUACAAAGCAAUUCAGGUAAUGUUUGGGUUCCUCUCCAAUAUAAGUUUGAUUAAUGUUACAUCAAUUUGAUAACAUAAAUCAGUUACCUAUCUCUUUUAAUAAAAUUACUGUUAUUGAUCCAAAAAAAAACAUAAAUCAGUUACCUGUAUGUUGGGAGGUGUUAUGGAUUGAAACUUGUUUUGGUUAGAUUACUUUUAAUCAAGGUUUUGAGUUUUGGUUUACAAAUAGGCUAUAAGUUACAACAUGGUUUUGCACCAGAAUCUGGCCAAAAUUUCAUAAUUUUUUUUGUGGUCAAAUUCCAGAUAAAAAAAUCUAGCAGAAAAUUGACAUUUCUUUUAAUCCAUAUCUUUCUCUCAUUUCCUUCAUUUUCUUUUCUUUUUCUUGUUUUGAUUUCUUUUGA